UGGGAGCAAAAAGUAGUAGCAUAUUCUUAAAAUCCAUUAUCAGAUUCCAAACAAUCUACUCAAUGCAAGCCAUCAGAUGGCGGGGAAGGAUGGGUCCCACCAGUGCAAAGCCUUAUCUGGGGCUGACCAAUCGGCUCUCCACAACGCGAUCUCAUUUUCCAUGAAUUCAACUCCUAUUCUAUCCCCCCCCUCACAGUGCAUGUGCAUCUCACUGACUUGAGCAAAAUGGUCAAAUCCAGUUAGUUGUUGGGGGAGCAACACACACCACACCACAUCACAUAUAUUCAUGCCAUUUACCUCAAUCAAUCCCAUAUUCAAUGAUGGCCCAAUCUUUAACCGCCUCUGCCGCUGCGGCCCCGCCCAUCUCCACUGCCCCUCCGCCGCCGUCCACCAAGAAGAUUAAGGGCGCCGCCCAUUUCCGCCCGUCUCCACCGCUCCUCCACCGCAGGAGCAUCGCCUGGGGCCUGGCCGGAGCAGUUCUGGGUUUGAACAGUGUUGUUAAUGGCGGGGAGGAGAGAGCGAGUGCCGCCGGAAGGAGGCCGCCGCCGCCGCCGGCGGAGGAGAAGAAGGACCUGAGCUUGAGCGCGCUUCAGGCGAAAGUGUUGGCCAGCAAGAAGCGGAAGGAGGCCUUGAAGGAAGAGGUGGCCAAGCUUAGAGAAAGAGGGAAGCCUGUUACCGUCAAUGAAUAAUGAUAUAUAUUUUGGUCCAACGUUAGAUGAUUUAUUAUGAUUAUUAUUAUUAUUAUGUUUAGAUUCAUGAGAUGACAAUAAAUCGUUAUCUACAUUCUUAUCAUUAAUGUAUCUAUCUUAUAUUAUUUAAGUUAGGGUUUGUAAUAUUAAUUCCCUCUUAGAAAUUAUAUGUAGACAAUAUAAAUCUAUGCAAAGCUACAAACAAUAGAAUUCUUUACCAAGUGGAUAAUGAGAUAAAAUUUCAAUA